GGCCAGCACCUCUGCUUGAUCCAGCUACAGAUGCCAGGGCCUGGGCCAAGAGCUGCCUACUGAAGCAUUUGUUCUAGAACCUGCAGUCUCCUGGCAACAGCCCAGCUAUUCCUGGAGACCCCACUGCCCCGGGCACAACCGCCAUGCAGCUUGAGAAAGUUGGGUGCUGGAAGAGUGGGCUAGACGGGCCCAGGUCCUGCAGGGAGAAGUUCCUACAAGCUUGGAAUGAAAAGUUGAAACUCCAGCCUUGCCCUAUCUCCCCACAAGUGCCAAACUGCCGAUCCCCCGGCAGCAUUCCAACCCAGGGGCAGUGGCCUGGGGCUGAGCCUGUACCUUUCUCUCUCAGGGGGGCUCUGCUGCAUCCCAGCUGCCACCCUGGUGACAGUGCCCUUUACUUCCUGGCAGUGGUGACUGCACUGGACCACUCAGGCUCCACCCCUGUGUCUUUUGUGGCCCCUGGGGGCUGCUCCGGGCACACACCCAGAACUCCAGCUGGAAUACGACCCUGUGACAAAGAUCCAGGUCCUUUCUACAAGGAGCUGGCAAGACUCCCCUUGGCCUGGGAAGGGGACUCUGAGGAGGAACUCCUCCAGAUCUGUGCUUCAGACUUGCUGCUGGGCUCCUCUCUGAGGAAGAGGCCGCGGCUGUUACCCCCCAACAGGAAGAUGCACGUAGAGGUAUGGAAAAGAAAACCAGCAUCCCAUCCCCUGGAGGAGGGUGCAAGAAGCCCGGUCCCUCUGGAGUACAGUCACCUGGUAGAUGCCAUGGCAAUGACGGAGCCCGCCGACAUUUCUGAGGUGGAAUCUUUCUACCGGCAAUUCACCCCCUGGCCAAGGAGACGAGGCUCUUACAGGAGCACUAAGGCUGUCCACGCGCAGACAGAGAGUGCGUCGCCUGUCAGGGAAGCAGACGAGGCUGCCCACCAGCAGCAUAGCCUCUGGGGAUCAGCAGGCAGUGGCUUUGAGCAGCACCCCAAGAGCAAUUGCAAGAGGGCCAUGGCCUCCAUUUCCACCCUCAUCCUGGCUGCCAAGCGGCCCAGAGACACUGCUUGGAAUGAGCACCUCCCAUUCAAGAAACGGUACAUCCAGUACUGACUCCAGCCGACAAACGGGGCUCUUGUUCACUAGGACCGGCUGGCAUGCUCCUACGACUUCAGUGUAAUGAGGAGUUCUCUCCCAGCCAGAGCCAAGUGACCCUUAGAGCAGCAUUCCCUGCAGCAGCACCCAACUCAGGGGCUCCUGCUAAGCUGCCCUUUACCUCCAUUUUAAAUAGACAAUUGUGUUUUUAAAAUAAAUCCCUUUUUUAGAUGUCACCUGGUGUUUGUUCACUGCAGAUCAUGGGUUGAGGAAGAGGUGCUUGGGAGCUCCUUCAAGGGAAGGUUGUGUCAUUUACUAUGUUUGCACACUGCCUAGCCUCUAGGUGCUAUUAGAUUAUUAAUGUUAAUUAAUCGGGCACCCCCUGGCCACUUCUCAAAGAGGGGAUGCUUCGAGCAGGAGAGAGGUGAAGGCUCUCAGGAGUGUUGUCUCCUUACUGAAAGGCUGCAAACCAAUUAAUGCUUUGUACGCUAAGGGCAUGCACAGAGACUAUUCUGGAGCCCCUGUGACCUUGUGUUCUGCUAAGAUCAAAGAUCCUAGGCAAUUUAAAAGUUGCUAAUAACUCCUGCUGCUCCAAGUAAACAAUGCUCGAGGGCUCUUAAAGAAGGGGGACUACCUCUCCUGAACUGCUUUGAUCUCUCAGUUCUUGCAAUCUCACAUUUAAUAAAAAGUGAAGGAUUUUGAUAAGUCCCUCAGGGUCUCCUGCUUCAAUAUUCAAGUUAAACAUGUAUAGUAGCAUAAACUAACUCCCCUAAUACUCAAUGGGCAGAUUCUUCUUUGCUUUAUUAACAGACUAAUCUAUUCUCUCCCUAUGCAGGGGAGAUGCCCUGACAUGAGAUGACUACCUCCACCUAACCCUUUUAAAAAAGGGACUAGUUCACAAAAUUGGGUGCCUCUGCUUAAACAGCCUAUCUACUAAUGGAAAAAGGCCUUUUCUGUGACCAGCUGGCCAGAGACUAGUGCACCAGCAAGUGAGCUAACCAAGGGCUCUUAGCUAUAGGGAUGAUUUUUUAUUAGCAAGUGAGCCUUCAGGAACAGGAAGGAGCUGUGGUUGCAUCUGCCCACAACCAGAUGUGACCGCAUCACCAACACAGCUACCAACAUGAAUAGGAGCUCACAGCAUGGGUGGUUGGUGGAGUGAUUUAAGAAUCCCCACAUAAUGUGACUUUGAUAUUAGCUCAGCCAUGUCAAUAACCCCUCAGAGGCCGGAUGUUGAGUAUGCUGGCUCAUAGGCCAGAUCAGAGCUAUUGGAAAAAACAGGCACUGCUCUUGUCCACUAAUAAUUGUUUUCUAUGAAAGAGAGAGCUUAAUUCCAGCAGGGUUUAACAAAACUAUACAAACAGCUGCCUGAACAAGGCCCGAGAAACUGAAGGGGUGGCACAGAAGUGGAACCAUAUCAUUAAACACAGUGUUCAGAUGAACUAGGACUGAACGGGUCAAACAAACCCAAGCUGUGACUCUCUGGGAGCAUAAAGCUUUAGGAAGAAGACUGUAUUAUUUUCCUUUGAACAUUGUAUUCCACCAAUCUCACCCCAGUCUAGCAAGCUUUCUGGGGUGUCAGUCUAGUGGUGAAUUAGGGUUUGGGGAGUUAGUUCCCCCAUUCUUGCCCCCCUUCUCAGUAUAGCCACCCCACAAGCAUUUAAAAAAAAUAAAAUGCAUGAAUCAGCCCCUCCCCCCCAAAAAAAUGUAUAAAAGAUUUUAAAUAGUAAGUUACGGGUUUCUCUCUACCUUCUGAUUGCUGAGCCAUUAGGGCAUACUUCAUGUUUUCACAAGCAUGAAGGCAAGAAACUGGCUGUAUUUUAUUUUUAAAGUGAAAACUGAUACUCUCACCUAAUCACAGGCCUCGAGGAACAAAUAUUUUAAGAGGGAACCUCCCCAAAAAAACCACCACCACCCAAAAAAAGUAAAUCACAAGUCACAAUAAGAGUUGACAAUACUGCUGUUGUUCAAAAUUGUGAGCAGCUUAGAUGGGUGGAAGAUGUGUGUGUUUGGGGAAGAAUCCUAAUCAGUUUGCUUGGAAGGCACUUCUGCACAAAAGUGUAGUAUCUAGAGACAGAGGCAAGGUACCCCAUACUCAAGGAGGGGAGGGAAGGUGAUCAGAUGAGGAUACCCCUCAUCUGCAGGUCUAGAGGAAAGUUUUAUUCCACAUCCCCUGGGUGACAAAGAAGAGUACAGAGCUUUCAUUGGCACAGACAGGUUGUUUGGCCAUUUUAGGCAGAUCAACUUUGAAGUUAAGAGGAAAGGAAAAUAACUUCUGCUCACAUCUGCACUAGGAGCUAUGCUAUACCACCAGACACCACUUGCACUGACAAACUAGAGUGACAAAAGCACAGCUUUAUCUAAACCCCCACCCCACCAAAAUCUAUACCGGCAAAUGUACAGUUGUUCGUAUAUCUACAUCUGCACGAUCAGGGAAUUACAGCUCUGCCAGCAAGUCUGUUGUGUAGACAGGGCCUCUACUAUUCCUGCCACUACACACUCCCUUCUUAAAGGGGAAGAGCUAGCUCCUGCAAUGAGCUUUACUCUUUUGUGGGAAACAGGGAGAAGGACUUGACAUAGAUGCUCCCUCCUCUUCAUGUGUUUUGGCCUUAAAGAAACCCUUAGUGCUGAUGAAAGAUGGAAGAAUCAACACAUGACCCACUGGUUUGAAGUAUUUAAAUACCUUCUCAGCAGCUCUGCUUUUGAGUACGGCCCCUCUGACUGCAGGAGAUUCCUCAACUGUUCUGAGCAAGGAGUUUCUCAGCUAGUGGCUUUUUUAUGA